AUGGAACAGAGAGGAUUCUGUAUUAUCCUAUCAAUGCUCAGUAUCAUCAACUUGACUAAUUGUGAAUCCAAAAUUUGUCUUGGAGAUUUCCUGAAGGAUUUCGUGGAACAUGAAAAUGUUCCAACGACGAUUUCCUUGUUCGAUUGUCAAAAGUAUUCCAUCGUGAAAAUUGCGAGAGUGACUGAAUUGCCGAUUGUGACGAACCCGAAGGACUUCCUCGACAUCCUUCAGGAUCCGAAAGCCAGAAGGAACGACGUUCUCAACGUUGUGGAUCUCGACUGUCCUUCGGCCAGAGAAACUCUCGCCGAACUUCCGCCUCUUCUUCUGGCGCAUCCCAUUCGGUGGCUUCUCCUCGCGGACUCUGCGAGCCUCAAGGACCACGAAGGACUCCUCGAGGAUCUGCCACUGCGACUGGACAGCGACGUUCUUCUGGCCGAAGUCUUCAACUCCUCUAGACUCAGUCUCGAUUACAUCUUCAGGAUCAACCCGAGUUUAACGAUAAGCCACGAAGCUUACGGAGAGUGGGAUUCAAAGGUGGGAAUCAGAGACUUUCGGAGCACAAGAGUUUUGUCGCGCAGACGAUCGAACUUGCAUCAAACUCUCUUAACGACGUCAAUCGUCAUCACGAAUCCAGACAGCGUGAAUCAUCUCGACGAUUACACCGAUAAACACAUUGACUCAAUCACCAAAGUCAACUACAGAACGACCAACAUAAUAAUGGACAUGCUAAACGCCACUCGGAAGUUUACAGUCAGCUCGAGUUGGGGCAUUAAAAACCAAACCACUGGCAAGUGGGAUGGAAUGCUUGGUGAAGUUUUAGACGGACGGGCUGAAAUUGGCGGAACAUCGCUCUUUAUGACACCAGAGAGAGUGUGGAUUAUAGAGUAUCUGACGUUGACAGUCUCCACCAAUUUAGCCUUCAUAUUUCGCCCACCGCCGCUUUCUUAUGUCGCCAAUAUCUUCUACCUGCCUUUCAGAGGCACAGUUUGGAUCGCGAUGUUCGCUCUUUUGGCUCUGGCCACGUUCAUCUUCUUCUUCAGCUGGCGACUCAGCAUUCAAUAUAAGAAUCGUGAGGAAGAAGUUCCCAGAUUCAGCGACAUCGUGAUGAACGCGGCCGGCGCCGUGACUCAGCAAGGAGCGCACAUGGAGGCCAAGAUCGCUUCCGGAAGGAUUUCGUCGUUCUUCCUCUUCCUCUCCAUGUUCUUCUUGUACACUUCCUACACCGCCAACAUCGUGGCUCUGCUGCAGUCGACGACGACCAGCAUCUCUACUCUGCAGGAUCUUCUGGACUCCAACAUGGAUCUCGGCGUGGAGGACAUUGUGUACAAUCGCCACUACUUCAGCACCAUGACGGAGCCAGUGCGGAAGACAAUCUAUGACACUAGGAUUGCGCCUCCGGGAAAAAAGGACAAAUUCAUGAGUUUAAAUGAUGGCGUUGCUGGAAUUCGUCGAGGACUUUUCGCAUUUUUCUCCGAAUGCGCAAAAUCUUAUCAAAUGAUUGAGGAAACAUUCUACGAGCAUGAGAAAUGCGGGCUUAUGGAAAUCAAAUAUUUAUUUACAACUGACCCUUGGCUCGCCAUAGCGAAGAACUCUCCCUACAAGGAAGUCAUGAAAGUUAGUCUUUUUAAGAUGAAGGAAUUCGGUGUGGAGCGUCGUGUGGAAUCAAAACUCUACACACGAAAGCCUGUUUGCAGCGGAAAAGGACAGAACUUUGGAAGUGUUCGUCUGAUUGAUUGUCACAUGAUAGUCACAAUUAUCAUAUCAGGAUACAUCUUAUCGCUAUUCAUCCUUCUGCUUGAGCACUUGGUGAAGAGGAAAUAUUUCAGAAUCCCUGAAGGCCUUUGUCUCUUUUAA